UACGAGUACCUCCUCGAUACCGUACCGUACUGUCAUCAUUCUGCCAUACUUGUCGUCCUGUCGAUCGGAAUCAAGCAGGAGAAAAGACGAUCAGUCGCAGAGGGCCCUGGAAUCCGUCAUCAAUCCAAUCCAAUCCAAUCCAAUCCAAUCCAAUCUAAUCUAAUCUAAUCCAAUCCAGUCUAUUCCGAGCCGUUUCGUUCCGAUCCCAUCACGCCCCGCGGCAAACAAAACCCACAGCGGCACCCAAACGCGUACGAGGACCGAACCGCAAACACAACGAUCGAGACAAGCACAAACAAAACGACACCAUGGCGGAUCAAAACGCCAACCUCAAGGGGUAUUCCUACCAGGAAAUGUCCAGCAAGGUCGAACGGGCCGAUCGAUCCCUCCUCUUCUCGCGGUCCCACGAACCCACGGGGGAGGUGGAGUCCCUGAGGGGCCGGACCGACGUUGGCCGCAUGGGGGACCGCCUGGCCGCGGGCCAGAAGCACGCCCGGCCCUCGGAGCUCCUCCAGCAGUCCAAGAAAAAGGCCAAAAAGAAGCCGACGCAGCAGGGCGACCGAACCACCCGCAGAACGGUAGAAAGCAUCGCGGCGGGCGGCCAGAGCAUCCUGGACAUGGACAACCUCACGGGCUACCAGCCCACGACGCAGGCGGCGCGCGCUGCCUACGAAACGAUCCUGGUACGUUUUUUGCGCUGCGGCAUGAGGAGCCGUGGCGGCCCUGCCGGUGGGUGCCGACACCGGCGUCGGCGGUGGUGCAAACGGGAAGGAGGGUGGUUGUUCGUCGUUGUUCGUUUUCUCACGCAGCCCUGUAUUUUGUGUUAUGUCUCUUUGUGCCGUUUCGUGUCACUGUUGCUCUCGGCUUUGUCAACAACAACAACAACAACUACUACUACUACAACUACAACCACAUCGAUUGCGACAUUUUUCGUGGCGUUUUUCAUGGGAUUCCUGCCUUUUAUACAACCGUAGACCACCGUUAGUUCGAAGGCGCUCCUGGGCAACCAGGCCUCUUCUAUCCUGCGCGAUGCCGCCGAAGAGGUCAUUCUGAUCCUAAAGGACGGCGGGCUCCGGGAUCCCGAACGACACGACCAGAUUUCCCGUCUGUUGACAGGAAAAGGCGCCGGGGCCAGCGGUGCCAUGUCCUCGGAAAAAUACGCCGAGUUUGUGCGGCUGGGGAAGGGCCUCGACGACUACGACGAACUUACCAAGCAGGGCGGCGAUGGCGGCGGCGACGGUUCCCGCGGCGACAACGGAAAGGGAGACCGUGUCGACGACGAAAUGGGAGUGGCCGUGGUCUUUGACGAUUCCGACGAAGAAAACGACGACAUGAACCGUCCGGAGGGAGCAAGCGACAUCGAAGAAGGGGUGGUAGUCGACGCGUCGUCGGAUUCCGAAAGCGAGGACGAAGACGAAAACGACGGAAGCGGAAACGCAAACGAAUCGGAAGACCAGAGGGGCCGCCGGACGAAACGGGGAGACGGCAGCGAGUCCGAUGGCGACGGCGAUGAUGAAGAAAAACUCAUCCAGGGAGGAGACAGCGGGAGCAAGAAAAAACGACGGGGACAGGAACGCAUCCUGAGCGUUCACGAAAUCGAUGCCCAUUUCCUACAGCGACAGCUCUCCCGGCAUAUCGACGACGCGGCGGAGUCGGCAAGGCUGGCGAAAGAAGUUCUGGACGCGCUGAACAUAAACAACAAAACCGACGUCAGAGAGUGCGAAAACAAGCUCUUGAUGCUGUUGCAGUUCGAUAUGUUCGAUACGAUCAAAUUGCUGCUCAGGAAUCGGGUCAAAGUAUGGGCGUGCGUUGCCAUGAAGAGUGCCAAGACAGAAGACGAACGAACCUCGAUCGAAAAAGCAUUGAUGGAGGAAUCGACGGGCGAAGGCAAAGCGGUAUGGAACGAGAUGCAUUCCAAGAGCCGGGCCGAAGACUGGUCGAAGGAGCGAAUGCGAGGACUGACGGACUCCUUCAAGGGAGGAGAGCAACCGGCGGACACCAACGACGUCUCCAAGGCACUGGAUUCGAUCAAGCGAGAGGACACCAAAUCAUCCGACAAGAUGGACAUCGAUAGCGACAGCAAAGUAAAGAAAGAGGAAGCCGUAGAAUUGGAUCUGGAUCAGCUGGUCUUUCGCGAAGGUGCUCACACCAUGAGCAACAAACAGUGCGAUCUUCCGGAUUCGUCGUGGAGGGCCAUGAAAAAAGGAUACGAAGAGGUCCACGUUCCCGCCGUGAAGGCCGUCAUUCCAAAGGAUGAAAAACUUAUCACGAUUUCCGAACUCCCGAAGUGGACGCAUUCCGCCUUUCCGGGAAUGGAAAAGCUGAACCGCAUCCAAUCGAAAAUGUACGACGUCGCCUUGCGGUCCUCGGAAAACAUCUUGCUCUGCGCACCCACCGGCGCAGGGAAAACCAAUGUGGCGUGCUUGACGAUGCUAAACAUUCUUGGCCAGUUCAAAAAACAAAAGGCGAGCGACGACGACGACGACGAGAAAGAAUCGUUCGAUCUAAGUUCCUUCAAGAUUGUGUACGUAGCUCCAAUGAAAGCACUGGUCCAAGAAGUUGUUACGAAUUUUUCGCAGAGACUCGCUGGCUAUGGAGUAGUAGUCAAGGAGCUUUCGGGUGAUUCCAGUCUUACGAGGCAACAAAUUGCAGAAACACAGGUGUUGGUUACGACGCCAGAAAAAUGGGACAUUGUCACUCGCCAGGGGGAGGGAAGAGCCUACACACAAUUGAUCAAGCUCGUCAUUAUCGACGAAAUCCAUUUGCUACACGACGAUAGAGGUCCGGUCUUGGAAAGCAUCGUAUCGCGGGUCGUACGUCAGGUUGAAACGACAGCGGAACCUAUCCGAUUGGUAGGCCUCUCUGCAACCCUCCCGAAUUAUGCCGACGUAGCGACUUUCUUGAGGGUCAAGCCAGAGAAAGGAUUGUUCUUCUUCGACCAUUCUUACAGGCCCGUUCCAUUGCAAAUGCAAUACAUUGGGAUUACAGAGCGCAACGCUUUCAAGCGUUUUCAGCUCCAAAACGAGAUUUGCUACGAAAAGGCCAUGGUCCAAAGAGAAAAUGGAAACCAGAUCCUUAUCUUCGUGCACAGCCGAGCAGAUACGGCAAAAACUGCCAAGGCGCUCCGGGACAUUGCUAUGGAGAGAGACGAACUUUCUCAUUUUGUAAGAGACAAUUCUGGUACCUCGGAGAUCUUGCGCGAAGAAGCCGAAGAGGCAAAAAAUGCCGAUCUUAAGGAUGUCCUUCGGUAUGGCUUUGCCAUUCACCACGCAGGAAUGCACAAGGAUGACCGAGAGGCUGUCGAAGCCCUUUUCGCGUCUCGACACAUUGGUGUACUUUGUACAACAGCAACGUUGGCGUGGGGAGUGAACCUACCGGCCCACGCUGUUAUCAUCAAAGGCACACAAGUUUAUAACCCCGAAAAAGGCCGCUGGGCAGAGCUGAGCCCAUUGGACGUUUUGCAGAUGCUUGGAAGAGCUGGUCGACCCCAAUACGAUACCGAAGGGGAAGGAAUCAUCUUGACACAGCACAGCGAACUUCAGUACUAUCUUUCUCUGACGAAUUUACAACUUCCAGUCGAGAGUCAACUGAUCAAAACUCUUUCGGAUCAUCUAAAUGCAGAGGUUGUUCUUGGAACUAUUCAGAACUUGGAAGAAGCUGCCGAAUGGUUGAGUUACACUUUCCUUUACAUCCGAAUGCUCCGCAAUCCGAAACUCUACGGAAUUGUGAAUGGUGUAGCCGAAAUUAAAGAUGACCCCACUCUGAAACAACGACGUCUAGAUCUAGCUCACACGGCCGCAACUAUUCUGGAAAAGAACCAGCUGGUCAGAUACGAUAGAAGGAGCGGAGCGAUUCAGGCCACUCCACUCGGCCGCGUAGCCAGUCAAUUCUAUAUUUCACACGCUUCGAUGGCAGUAUAUAGUCGUCACAUGAGGCCAAACAUGACCGACAUUGAGCUUCUACGAUUAUUUUCACUGAGUGGAGAAUUUUCUCAUGUGACUGUUCGUUCGGAAGAAAAAAUGGAACUCGUGAAAUUAGCUGGCAGAGUUCCAAUUCCGGUCAAAGAAAGCCCGAGUGAGCCGUCGGCUAAAAUCAAUAUUCUCCUCCAAGCAUACAUAUCCCGCCUCAAACUCGAUGGAUUUGCGCUUGUUGCUGACAUGGCGUUUAUUCAACAGUCUGCAGCAAGAAUCAUGCGGUGUCUUUUCGAGAUAGCUCUUCGUCGAAAGUGGGCAUCACUGGCGAAACUAGCACUAGCAUUUUCAAAUAUGGUUUCACAUCGAAUUUGGCGCAGUCAAACACCCCUCCGUCAGUUCAGGAAUGUGCCCGAGGUCGUUGCUCGUAAAAUUGAGAGAAAGAGCGAUAUUGAAUGGUCUCGGUAUUCCGAUUUGACGUCGUCUGACCUCGGAGAGUUGGUGGGGGUUCCAAAAAUGGGACGUAUAUUGCAUAAGUUGGUACACCAGUUUCCAAAAGUCGAUAUUUCUGCUGCUCAGAUCCAGCCCAUCACAAGAUCACUUUUACGAAUCGAUCUCACGUUGACCCCAGGGUUCAAUUUCGAUGUGAACAUACAUGGAUUUGUCCAAUUGUUUCAUGUUCUUGUUGAGGAUGUCAACAAUGAAAAUAUUCUUCACCAUGAGUAUUUUUCGCUGAAAAGUUCUGCUUCAGAGGAUGAUCAUACGCUUGUUUUUUCUGUUCCAAUCCUCGAACCACUGUCUCCUGCAUAUUUUGUUCGGGUGCUCUCAGAUAGCUGGUUACAUUCCGAAUCAGUCCUCCCAAUCUCUUUCGAUAAAAUGAUUCUUCCGGCCAAAUUUCCCGCACCAACUGAACUGCUCGAUUUGCAGCCACUUCUACCAAGUGCAAUCGGCGAACCUGCACUCUCGAAAUUUUUUCAGUACGAUGAAUUCAAUCCUAUUCAGACUCAGACUUUCCACGAACUUUUCAAAACAGAUAGAAAUUGCUUUGUUUGCUCUCCGUCAGGGUCUGGAAAAACCGCUUGCGCAGAAUUUGCCAUCAUGCGACUAUUGACAACAACUUCAGACGGCAAGUGCGUAUACGUUGCUCCAACUGAUGAUAUUGCUGAUCCCAUUUAUCGAAAUUGGAAAAAACGAUUUGGUGCACUGAUUGGGAGUUCAAUGGUAGUUCGACUGACGGGCGAAGUUAUCCCUGAUCUUAAACUCUUAAAUUCCGGAAGGAUUGUAGUAUCGACCGUCAAUGUUUGGGACGCUUUAACCCGAAGAUGGCGACAGCGAAAAGCCAUCAAAGCUGUUUCACUCGUCAUUUUCGAUGAACUCCAUUUCCUUGGGGGAAAUAUUGGUCCAACUUUGGAAGUGGUAAUCUCGAGGAUGCGAUACAUCAGUAGUCAGCGGAAAGAAGAUGCGGAGGCAAUGCGAAUUAUUGGGCUUGCUGCGUCGUUAUCUAAUGCUCAAGAUGUCGGGGAGUGGAUCGGUGUCCCACGAAAGAGUCUCUUCAACUUUUCUCCGAAAGUCAGACCAUCGCCGUUGGAAAUUUAUUUUCAAUCCUUUGAUCAAAACAAUUUCUCAGCUCGUCUGAUGGCCAUGGCAAAGCCAGUUUACAACUCAAUCGUUAAGCACCGUGAUGGUAAAUCAGUUAUUGUUUACGUUUCCAGUCGUCGUCAAGCACAACUGACCGCAAUCGAUUUAAUGACGUAUAAUGAAAGUCGAAAUGGGACACCCUUUUUCGAUCCUGGUGCGCACCAAGAACUCAAAGCAAUAGCCUCGACAAUUAAGGAACCUACUUUGCAGCAAGUGCUAGAGGCAGGGAUAGGAUUUGUUCAUGGUGGAAUGCCGAACUCGGAUUGGGCGAGCACAGUCAACCUUUUCAAUGGAGGAAAGAUCAAAGUUCUCGUGUGCCCUGCUGAACUCUGUUGGCAAGUAAGUUCGAUUGCUCAUUUGGUAGUUAUCAUGGGAACAGAGACGUAUGAUGGCAGAGAGCGCCGUCAUAUUGAUUACAAAAUUGCCGACAUGCUACACAUGAUGGGGAGACAUGCAACGGGCUCGAUAGGAAAGUGCGUUAUUAUGUGCCAUCAGCCCAAGAAAGACACACUGAAAAAACUUUUGUACGAGCCUCUACCUAUUGAAAGUCAUUUAGACAGCUACCUGCACGAUCAUAUUAUUUCUGAAUGCGUAACAAAAACGAUUGAAACAAUGCAAGACGCUGUUGACUAUCUAACAUGGACCUUCUUAUAUCGUCGAUUGCCAAAAAACCCAACCUACUAUGGCCUGCAAGGAAUUUCGAAUGUCCAUAUCAGUGAAUUUCUGAGUGAGAUGAUAGAGACCGUCAUGGGCGAUCUUGAGGAAAGCAAGUGUAUCAAAAUAAAUGACGAUGGAGAAAUUUCACCUCUGAACCUUGGAAUGAUUGCCGCGUACUACUAUAUUCAGUACAAGACCAUUGAUAUAAUUGCUUCUUCUGUAACGCCGAAAACAAAAAUUCGAGGUGUGCUUGAAAUCCUAUCUGCGGCUUGGGAAUUCGCAGAUCUCCCGCUACGUUUUAGGGAAGAAAAGACUAUCAAGAUGUUGGCUCGCACCCAGCCCCAUGAUCUGCCGGACGUUCCCUAUGAUGCACACACGAAAACACUUGUCCUCUUGCAAUGUCACUUCAGUAGAAAACCAGUACCGGCAGAUCUUCGUAUAGAUCAAAAGAAGAUUUUGACUGAAGCUCCAAAGCUUGUUCAGGCAAUCGUUGAUGUCAUCAGUAGCAAUGGAUGGCUCAAGCCUGCGUUGGCUGCAAUGGAACUAAGCCAAAUGAUUAUUCAGGGUCUUUGGAGUAAGGACAACGUAUUGAAACAGAUUCCAUACUUUACAGACGACAUCAUCGAGCGCUGUAUGAAGUACCAGGGAGAAGAACCAAUUGAAUCGGUGUUUGACAUUCUAACUUUGGAAGAUGAUAUCCGGAACGACUUGCUUCGUCUUCCAGAUGACAAAAUGGCCGAUGUGGCAGUUUUCUGUAAUAACUAUCCAAACAUUGAGGUAUCUUUUGAAGUAGAAGAUGAAGACGAUGUAACCACGGGUGAUCCCGUUCAGAUUGUUGUUCAAUUGGAACGAGAUAUCGAAGAGGAAGAAAUGACCGAAGAAGAGCUAGCAGAGCUUGGAAAAGUCUCAGCUCCGCUUUACCCGCAUGAGAAGAAAGAGGGAUGGUGGGUCGUGGUCGGAGAUAUCUCAUCCAACACCCUCCAUGCAUUGAAACGAAUAAAUUUGGUGAGGAAACAGAAAGUUGUGCUUGAAUUUCUAGCACCUGAAGAAGCGGGAGAUUAUAACUUGACCCUCUUCUGCAUGAGCGAUAGCUAUUUGGGAUGUGAUCAGGAAUACACUGUCAAUAUCAGCGUUGCUCAGGGUGACGACUCCGAUGAUGAUUCUGACGACGAUUCUUCAGAAAAUGAAUAAUAAUAUUUUUUAACAAAGCGGUCUUUCCGCA